CCCUCCUCCAUCGCAACAAGCCCUCCCUUCACACGCCAGUUUGAAUUGCCAAAUAUCCGACGGGGACCUUAAAGCAUCAUUAGUUGGAGGUUUAGCGGCAGCGCGUCGAUUCCGUAAUAUUUACAGUCUAUGGUCGAUUCAGACAUUCAGACCUGCGGAGCAAACUAAUCAAGUCAAAACAAACAUGACACGUCAAGGAAAUGUUACAACAGUAAUUGCAUCUACAUUAACUCUUCUGCUUUGCCUGUAUUCAGCCCGAGGUGACUACUGUGAGGUGAAUGUUUGCCACAAUGGAGCAACAUGUGUGACAGGUGUAGGAGACGAUCCAUUCAUCUGCAUCUGUGCAGAUGGCUUCAGUGGAGACACCUGCAACCUGACAGAGACAGGACCCUGCAGUCCAAACCCCUGUAAAAACGAUGGGUCGUGCGAGGUCAUCUCUCCCACAAGGCGAGGGGAUGUUUUCAACGAGUACGUCUGCAAGUGCCAGCCCGGCUUCGAGGGAGCGCACUGCCAGAUCAAUGUGAAUGACUGUGUGGACCAGCCCUGUAAGAAUGGAGGGAUGUGUCGAGAUCUUGAUGGAGACUACACCUGCCAGUGCCCCUCCCCAUAUGUUGGAAAGCAGUGCCAGCUACGCUGCAUCUCUCUACUGGGGAUGGAGGGCGGCGCAAUCGUGGAGUCCCAAAUUUCAUCCUCCUCUGUUCACUUCGGCAUUCUGGGUCUUCAGCGGUGGGGUCCGGAGUUAGCUCGACUCAACAAUCAAGGCAUCGUCAACGCCUGGACAUCGGCCGCACACGACAGAAACCCCUGGAUUGAGAUUAAUAUGCAGAAGAAGAUGCGUCUGACGGGCAUCAUCACACAGGGCGCCAGUCGUAUGGGCGCAGCUGAGUUCAUCAAAGCCUUCAAGGUGGCGAGCAGCUUUGAUGGAAACGCUUAUACCACUUACAGACUGGAUGGCCAACGCAGAGACAAGGUUUUCGUGGGCAAUUUAGACAACGAGAGCACUAAGACGAACCUUUUUGACCCUCCCAUUGUGGCCCAGUACAUCCGAAUCAUCCCCGUGGUUUGCCGCAGAGCUUGCACGCUGCGCAUGGAGCUGGUGGGCUGUGAACUCAAUGUUUAUUCAAACACGGCAGGUUGCUCAGCCUCUCUGGGAAUGAAAUCUCGCCUCAUCUCGGACGGGCAGCUAACCGCCUCCAGCACUUUCCGCACGUGGGGCAUCGACACCUUCACGUGGUACCCUCAGUUUGCUCGGCUGGAUAAGCAGGGAAAGACGAACGCCUGGUCUCCUGCUCACAACAACCGCUCAGAGUGGAUACAGGUCGAUCUGGAGAAGACAAAGCGCCUCACAGGCAUCAUCACUCAGGGGGCGAAGGACUUUGGUGUGGUGCAGUUUGUGUCUGUGUUUAAAGUUGCUUACAGUAAUGAUGGAGAGGCGUGGAGUACAGUGAAGGAGGAGAACAGCGGCAAUGAUAAGCUUUUCCAAGGCAACAUCGACAACAACACCCACAGGAAGAAUCUAUUCGAGCCUCCGUUCUACGCUCGGUUCAUCCGGGUCGUCCCCUGGGAGUGGCAUGAGCGCAUCACUCUACGCAUGGAGCUGCUGGGCUGUGAUGACUAGAAACUCCUCGAUCGACCGUUUCACCGUGCUCCACGCUCGCCCCAUGUCCC